AUGAAUCAAUCUGUAAAUGAAAUGAAUAAUAUUGAUGAUAAUGAAUUAAAUAAAAGUAAAUUGAUGUCAAGAGAAAAAUUGAAUAAAGAUAUUAAAUUGUCCAUACAGGAAUUUCAAAACAUUCAAAUUGAAUAUACUAAAAUAAUGAAAUCAAUUAAUCUGAAAGCACAGGAACAACUAAAUCAAAACGUGGCUGCUUUAAGACAAGAAGAAGAGGCAGUUAAAGAGGGACAACAAAAAUUAGAUUUUAAUAUGGUUAAAGAUAAUACUAAUGAUAGUAUAUUCGAUGCUGAUCAUAGAUCAAAAAAUAAUCAAAUGAUUAUCGAAAUGGAUCCAAUAAAUAAUGAAGAAUUCUUAUACCAACAAAAUUUAAUACGUGAAAGAGAUGCUGAGAUACAAAAUAUUGAACAAGGUAUUAAUGAGUUACACGAAAUUUUUAGAGAUCUUGGUACGGUAAUUCAACAACAAGGAGUCUUAGUGGACAACAUCGAAGCUAAUAUAUACUCUGCUGUGGAUAAUACUCAAAAAGGCUCAAAAGAAUUACAUAAAGCCAUGCUGUCUCAAAAGAAACAAAGUAAAUUUUGCUUAUACCUCUUAGUUUCUCUUUCAUUAUUUCUUCUUUUUAUGAUUUUAGUUAUUCUUUCAUAA